CCUCCACAGAGAGGCAGAGGCUGCGGCCUCAGGCCACAGUCCCGCCGCCCUUUGAGGGGCAGGCCCACAAACCGGGGCCUUCCGGGAGGCGACACACGGCACGACUCCGCUUCCUCCCCAUCCCGCAGGGUGGCCCUCCCGCCGCCGCUUCCACUUCUGCGCACUGGGCGCGCCCCUCGGGCCGGGGCCGGGGGCGGGCCACGGGCGGGGCCGGAGGCGCGGCGGGCGGCCAAUUGCGGCCCCCCGGGGAGCGGCUCUGGUGGGGUUGUCGCCCGCGCUCGCAAGGAAGGAUGGAGGCAGAGGGCCGGGUACCGGCGCCGCUGCUCACCCUGCUUUCCCCUGGCGGAGGAGGAGGGACCGAGGCCGACCCCGAUCCUCAUCCCGCCGCGGGUGCCCCCGGCGCGGCCCGGGGGCCGUUGCUCGCCGCCGCCGCCGAGGUGCUGUCGUUGGACGAUGAGGAGGACGACCUGGAGGUGUUCAGCAAGGAUACAUCACUGGCUGAGGUAAACUCAUUCAGUCCUUCAAUGCCAAUAUCCCCUUCAUCAAUGAUAAACCAGUAUAAAUUUGAAGAUGAACCAGAAUUAAGAGAUCUCUUCAUUACAGUUGAUGAUCCUGAAAGCCACAUUACAGCCAUUGAAACAUUUAUUACAUACAGAGUAGUCACAAAGACGUCUCGUGGUGAAUUUGACUCCAGUGAGUAUGAAGUUCGAAGACGAUAUCAGGAUUUCCUUUGGUUGAAGAGCAAACUUGAAGAAGCACAUCCGACAUUGAUUAUUCCUCCAUUGCCUGAAAAAUUCAUAAUGAAAGGAAUGGUGGAACGAUUUAGUGAUGAAUUCAUUGAGACCCGAAGAAAAGCUUUACAUAAAUUUUUGAACCGUAUCGCUGAUCAUCCAACUUUAACUUUUAAUGAAGACUUCAAAAUUUUUCUUACUGCGCAGGCCUGGGAACUCUCCUCACACAAGAAGCAGGGUCCCAGUUUGCUGAGCAGGAUGGGACAGACCGUCAGAGCUGUAGCAUCCUCAGUAAGAGGAGGAGUUAAAAAUCGUCCUGAAAUGUUUACAGAAAUGAAUGAUUACAUGGAAACAUUUAGUCAGAAAAUAAAUGUACUAGACAAAAUAGCUCAUAGAAUUUAUAAGGAAGAAAAGGAAUAUUUUAAUGAAAUGAAGGAAUACGGCCCCAUCCACACACUCUGGUCAGCAUCGGAAGAAGAUGUAGCAGACUCCCUAAAAGGUGUCGCCAGCUGCAUCGACAAGUGCUGCAAGGCUACGGAGAAGCGAAUGGCAGGGCUCUCGGAAAACCUGCUGCCGAUUUUACAUGAAUAUGUUCUCUACAGUGAAAUUCUGAUGGGUGUUUUGAAAAGGAGAGACCAAAUUCAAGGCGAGCUCGACUCCAAAGUUGAUGCUUUAGCCAAUAAAAAGACAGAAAAGGAUCUGUUCUCAGAAGAGAUUGGGAAGCUUGAAGACAAAGUCGAAUGUGCCAAUAAUGCUCUGAAAGCGGAUUGGGACAGGUGGAAGCAAAACAUGCAGUGUGAUAUGAGAUCAACGUUUAUUAAUGUGGCUGAGAAUAAUCUCCGUUACUAUGAAGAGUUCAAUGUCAGCUGCUAGAUUUCAGUUUGGAAACCUUUUGCUGUAACUGCAUGAAGAAGCCCUCUGGAAAGCUCAAACUUCUGUAAAUGAUCUUGUAUGAGGAAAACGUUUAAAUGUGAUGCCAUUUCAGACAGCACGUUCAGGAAGUCCUCAUUGUUAUUUCUCGAAGGAAUUGUCUUUUGUGAAAUAAUCAGACUUCAUAAGGAUAAAGAAGAACAAUACAAUUUUGAGAAAUCAAUAUGAAAAACUUAUUGCAGUUUUAAAAAAAUAUAAAUGCUGCAAAUGUAUACAAUUAGUAAAUUGAAUCUUUUAUAAUUGAAACUUACUACUUCAGAAAGAAAGAAAAGUGGUUGAAAUUAGAUUUUUAUUUUCAACUCAAAUGUCACGGCUAAUAUUCUUGGUAAGGAUUCCCUGUUACAAGAAUAUGUACUAAGAAAGAGAACUUGAAAACAUAAAAUAUGUUAGGCAUUCUGUGAAGUUUCUUCAUGGGUAACAUGUUGUUGAUUGAAAUGCGCAUUUUGAAAAUAUCCCAGAUGUCUUGAAUUUUUUUAAAGAAUUUCUCCUUAUUUUGGGAAAAAAAAUUGCAAUAUACUAAGCCAUCUAUUAAUCAAAAAUUCAUAAUUUUCACAGAUAUAUGUUGACAUCUGUAACUUCCAAUCCUGUAUUUUGAACUUUUUAUGGAUUGCCCGUUAGCCAAUGACAGUGUCCUGAUUUUACAAAUCAUUUUGUUAAAACAUAAUUGAAAAGACAGAGCUCUUGAUCAUCGAGUCUAAUUAAUUAACAUACAGUCUGUGAGAUGCACGGACAUUGACAAUCUGUUGUUACAUAUUAAGAUCAAAAUAUUUUCUGAAAUCAGGCAGCAAGCUUUUGGCAGCCUCUCACAUUUUCUUCAGUUAUUGAUGAUCUCUGACUUCUAUAUCACCAAUAUGUAUGUUAAAAUGAUGCUAAAUAUAUUGGAAUAUUUUGUUAAUGAAAGAUUAGAUAAAUUAAAACACAAAAAUAAUUCUUUGGUUCU